AUGAUCCUCUCGUAUCAUGGGCAUAGGUUUAAGGAGUUGAACUUCCUCAUCCAUAGUCGCCAUACCACCUCCAUAAUAGAAAAAAUGGAGGCGUCAGCAGCCAAACGCGUCCUCGGCGUCACCGAGCUGCUCGAAUUCAUCCUCCUCAAGCUUCCAAUUCAGAAUAUCUUCCAAGCUCAGCGCGUCUGCAAGCAGUGGAAGGAAGCCAUUGAUAACUCCUCUCCACUCCAGCAAGCUAUGUGGCUCACGCCUCGCCACCCGUCCUCGCCACCAGCCAUAUACGAAGAAGAAGAGGUCACUUACGCCGGCUGGAAUGGUCGGGUGUAUGAUCCGCCUCAAGUCGUCAAGGUCAUCACGGCCAAGCAUCUCAAUCCCUUCCUGAAGCCGCGUAGUAGCGAAGUCGAAGACCCGCCGGGUUUCAGGAGAAACCAAAUUCGCAAUCCUCGUGCUCAAGAUACCUCCACUAUCGAAUUGAGAGCGAUCCGACCGUUCGAGUUCACCAUGCCGAUGAUCGGCCUCGCUACACCUGGCGCCGACACCGAUCACCGGGCGACGUGGCAGGAUAUGCAGGUGGCCAGUCCGCCGUGCACGAAAAUCGAAGUGCACUAUAUCUCCAGCUUCCCCUUCAACGUGCGCGACGAGACUGGUGUCCGUAUGGGACGCUUGGUGAAGGAGAUUGCGAUGUUGCAGAGUCACCGUGAGACCUGGUUCCCCAGUGCUUGA